AUGGCCGCCGCCUCGCCUGUGCAUCAAGUCGCUUUCUCCGAGCAGCCACCGGUGCCGACUCCCAUCUCUGCACAUGCCGGCGACCGCCAGCAGCGCUUCCCGGCUCUGCCUCGCCAGGCAAAGCUGCAGCAAGAUUCGUUGGCGCUGGCCGCUCCUCUCUUCCUGUCCACAUCGGCCCCUCAGCCCUCGUCCAUGCCUUCGACCAUGGCCCCGGGUUCGCUUUCGAGCCUCGACUACUAUCCCGCCGAUCCCCGGCUGCCCGCUCAUUUCUCGUGGAUCGACGACGGCUGGGUUGCCGGCAUGAGCAUCCCGAACCGAGCCUUUCACUGGGCCGCCCUCGCCGACCACGGAGUCGGCUUGGUUGUCAACCUGACCGAGUCGCCCGUUCUCCCAAAGAAAAGCCACCAAAUGAUUGAGUGCACACAGUGCUAUUUCAAGGACGGCCCCGUCGACCUCGAUCUGUUCGAGAACCUCCAUCACGACACAAGCAUACGAGUGCUCUUUGUCCCUGUCGAGGACGGCGCCAUUCCCAAGUGGGAGCAACUGCAGCAGUUCGUCAAGCAUACCCGGCUGGCCAUCAGCCGCGGCCAAAAGGUCGCCGUCCACUGCCAGGCCGGUGUUGGCCGCACCGGCCUCUUCCUGGCCGUCUAUCUUAUGGAAAAGUACCAGUGCACCGCAUCCGAGGCCCUGGCCCGCCUGCGCCAGAUCCGUCCCCAGUCGCUGCAGUUCCGAUCGGCGUCAACUCGGGACUGGCUCAUCGAUCCAUUCUCGUCACUUCCCUCGGAGGAGUUUAUUCGCAAUCGACUGCAGGAGCGGUUUCUGGAGCGCUACUGGCUGCUGUUUAUCAAGCCUCGAGCUCAGGCCGUCCGCAGCGACGAUACCUUGGAAUCGUCAUCGUCAUCAUCGCCGUCAUCGCCGUCAUCGCCGUCGUCGUCAUCGUUGUCGUCGUCCGAACUCGCUGCCGGCACCCUGGUUCCGCGCACGGCGUACCUGAGCCGGCCCCAAUCCUUGAACUCACUGAAUCCCCCCGUAUCCACGCUUGCCCGGCUCAACCCGCAUCUGAAUAUGCGGAGGAGCAUCCUGGUCAAUCGGCAGUCGUCCUUUGCGUCCCCGCGGCCGUCCCCGUACGCCCACAAGCAUCCCAGCUUUGUCUUUGGCAGCGGGCCUGAUGCGGUCGAAGCCCUGAAGGUCCAAAAGGCCGACCGCGAGCUGGACGAACGACUUGACUCGAUGGGACAGCAGCCCGUGGACGAAAGCCCCCUUGCGCGUGAGCCGGACCACAGCGACGACAGCGACCUCGACUCGCUCUCCGACAGCGGCAGGGGGCUCAGCGACCUCAUGGGCGAGGAUGCCAUCGGCGAUGACGACAGUGGACUAAGGAUAUCUCCUGCCAGGCCGAAUCUGUGCUUUGCCUGUCGUGGCACCACCGCCUUGGGUCCAUAUCCAAUCCCGAAGUCGUUGCAGUUUCUGUCGUCGUCGUUCUGA